AUGUCUCAUACCAAGACCAUCCUCAGUUACAUCCACCAGAACAGCCCGAACAAGCUCCAAGUGUCUUCUGAAGGCUCUAAAGAGCCUACAACGCGUCCCAACUUGGCUGUGUGCAACAGCUCCACGUAUUUGAAACCGAGAACUCCGCUUACACGCAGAUCUUUCUUUAAUGAUUGCACUGACACCUCCCUCAAGGAGUCAAAAAACUCGAUUCGGGACUCUCUUAGGUACACUGUUCGUGCGUACACUAGCCAUGAGGCUACUUAUUACCAAUUACGUCAUCUUCUACUGGCAAACGACGGAGGGAGACAAGUGCACGUGGCCACGACCCAAGUGCCUGAGCCAGACGUGUUGCCCAAUUUACGGGAGUUGACCAGAUCGCCUUCGAUUUUGGUGAAAAAGGAGAGCCUGGCGAGAGAAAGAUUUGUAGACCAACUCAGAGAAAUCAUUGCCCAAUGCUUGCGCAGGAAACUCGGCUUGACCGAGGAACAGAUGCACACGGAGCUCGUGAAGGAGGCCUUGACGUACUCAAACAACUUGUUGCUCCAGGAUAUCAAGUCAUCAUCGACAGAAGAGCUUUGUCUGGAGUUCGUCAAUUUGAAAGCCGCCGAUGAGAUGCGCGAGUCGUUUGAUGACCUUCCUUGUGACUUCCUAGAUAAAUACGAGAUUCUAGCGCUUGAUCAUUUUGAGGAUAUGAUUUUCGAAAGUACUACGAACUCACUAGGAUGGGCUCACGACUCGGGUACGUUACACAAUCCAAACUCGUACCAAACGUUCAAGGAUAUCUGGAUGCUUGACCCGCCGAACUUCGCCGAGUUUGACGUGUACUCAUUUAUAGAAGGGGUUUCAGAGAACAGGGAACGCCCGUUUGCAUUCAACUCGUACAAGGAGACGUUCAUGAAUUUUUUCGGCGAGAGUGCUGUGAAGAUGAACAUUCUCCGAUACUACUACACAUACAGAAACGAGUUUUACUCGAACCAGAACAGCAAGAAGGAUCUACCGACGGGCACCUUGAGCGAGAUGCCGGAGUUUAAAGGGUUCUCCAAGCUGGUGGAGCAAUUUAAGGACUCGAUGGAGGCGUCUGCAAAACAGCGGCCACGCAAGUCCUUACGGUUUGCCGACGAAAUGGAAUAG